UGCCUCACUGCUCCAUCUUCAUCUCGGUGGUCUAGUCCCGACGACGACAUCUGCUCCAUUAUGGCCAUGCCCACCACAACUCUCCCUGGCUCUAUGUCUCCCUUCAAUGUCCCUCAUAGUGUUGUGAGUUUUUAUUUUGUUCCAUUCUUAGUCAGAUCUGUUGGUUAUAAUAAUUAGUGGUAUAACCGUUCCUUCUUCGUCUAUUUUUUCACUUCUUAUUUUGAAGGGUAGAGGUAUCAGCAAUGAUCUAUGUUACACAUUUUGUUACUAAUUUUAAAAUAAAAAUGUGUCGAUAGUUCGACUAUUUAGGGUUAACACUGAAUUAAAAAGGAACCGUUUAGUGUUUUGUAGGGAUUCAUUUUACGACUUGGACUCUGUUGCUCCUUUCCGAGGAAUUUACAUUUCUCGGAGACGGAGGAUUAUUUGUUUCUUUGCUUUUUAGUUCGGUGGCACAGCCGAAUUCAAUAGCGUAUCAAGACGUUUUUGACGGAUUCUAAACAUGUCAGGAGGUUGUGGACAUACAAUAGACAAGUUAUCAGAUUCAGAGGAUGAACGAUCUAGAAUUGGGAGUCCGGCAAAGAAAGUCAUAAGCUGUUCCAUUGAAGAUGUUAGGGACGAGAAUGAUGAGAAGAUUGUUCUUAAAUUGCGCCAAGAGCUUCUUAACAAACAUUCUUUGCCUCCAAGGCAUGAUGAUUAUCAUAUGCUUUUGAGGUUUCUGAAAACAAUGGAUUUCAACAUCGACAAAACCGUCACUGCAUGGGAAGAAAUGCUCAAAUGGAGGAAUGAAUUUGGAGCAGAUCAUAUUAUACAGGAUUUCAAUUUCAAUGAGUUGGACCAAGUCACAAUGUACUAUCCUCAAGGGUACCAUGGAGUUGAUAAAGAUGGUAGACCUAUCUAUAUCGAGAGACUAGGAAAAGCUCACCCCGGUAAGCUUAUGGAUGUUACAACCAUUGACCGGUACUUGAAGUACCAUGUCCAAGAAUUCGAAAAGGCUCUUCAACAGAAGCUCCCUGCCUGUUCCAUCGCUGCAAAGCGACGUGUCACUACUACGACUACAAUACUUGAUGCUGAUGGCCUGGGUAUGAAGAACUUUAGUCCUGCAGCGGCAAAUCUCCUGUCCUCUAUUGCUAAAGUAGAUUGUAGUUAUUACCCUGAGACUUUGCAUAGGAUGUUCAUUGUCAAUGCAGGAUUUGGAUUCAGGAGUUUGAUUUGGCCUGCCGCACAGAAAUUUCUUGAUCCUGUGACUAUUGCAAAGAUACAAGUUUUGGAGCCAAAGUCCUUGUCAAAGUUACUUGAAACAAUUGAUUCGAGUCAACUUCCAGAUUUCUUGGGAGGCGUAUGCACAUGUGCUAACGAAGGAGGGUGCUUGAGGUCUAACAAAGGACCAUGGAAUGAUCCUGAAAUAGCCGAGCUAGUACAUCACAUGGAAGUGAAUCCCAUACCACAAACUACAAAAGCUCCUCUUCAUGUAAGAGAUCAUGAUUCACAGGAACCGGCUCAAGGAGAAUGGUCUCAACUCCAAUUACUUAACACGAGCUCUGAAAACUCUUGUUCAACAAAUACAUCAAGAAGAGAAGGUGGUCAGAUAUCACGGUUUGGUGUUCUUAGAGAGAAAACCAAAGGCGUGAACAUCGUUCACUUGGUGACAAUACUAAUAGCCUUUCCACUAAAGCUAUAUUUUGAUCUCUUUAGUUUCUUAUUGUUCGGAUACUGGCAAAGACAUAACCGUGUCCAUGUCUCAGAUUCAUCCAUAAACAAAGAGAUUGUUCUUCAGUGUUUGGAUCGUCUUAAGAAGCUGGAGAAAGAAUGCACAGAGAUUAGUAGAAUCCCUGUAAAGACCCCGGACGAAAAUGAGAAGCUAUUAACUGGAACUCUCGAGAGAAUCAAGUCUCUAGAACUUGAUCUCGACAAAACCCAAUCAGUAUUACAUUUAACGUUAGCAAAACAGCUUCAGAUCACAGAACAGCUUGACUCUCAUUACGAAGAACAAAGAAAGCGAUGCUGCAUCUGAAGCUUUGGGACAUAACCGUAUGGAGACAUAUUGUUACUAUAUUUAUUUACAGAACUGAGAGAAUGAAAAAAAUUCUACACACAGAUAUUUGGGAAUUUUUUCUUCCUAUAACUUCUUGUAAACAAUUCUUUUAAAACAUUCCGUGUGCGGGAAGUAAUAUAAACAUUUAAGUUUGUAGCUGAAAAACCUCAGUUUAUGAUGGCUAUGUAGAAAUAUAUUAUUGCAUGUGUUGCAUGAGGUA